AUGUCCUACAAGCACCUCUCCACCUCGUCGGAUCACGCAUCGCUUAUAUCCUCCUACGAUACCUACCUCUUCGACUGCGAUGGAGUGCUAUGGUCCGGCGACGAGGUGAUCGCGGGUGCCAAAGAAGUGUUGCAGCGUCUAAGAGCAAGCGGAAAGAGCAUCAUCUUUGUGACCAACAAUGCCACAAAGAGCCGCAGAGCUUACUUGAAGAAGUUUCAAAGUCUGGGCAUUCAGGCCGAUGUAUCGGAGAUCUUCUCUUCGGCGUACGCGUCUGCGGUCUACCUCAAGCACGUGCUGAAGCUGCCAGAAGAUCGAAAAGUAUAUGUGCUGGGCAUGGAGGGCAUUCAAGAAGAGUUGGAGGAUGUCGGGCUGAAGUGGUGCGGAGGAACGUCUCCAGAAGACAAUGUCUUUCUUCCAACUCUUGACUUUACAAGUCUGCUUCAACCCGAGGUCAUAGACGGCAAAGUAGGAGCGGUGCUGUGCGGAUUCGACAUGCACAUGUCCUACAUCAAGCUUGCCAAAGCGUACAAGCACAUUACUCGAGCCGGAGCCACUUCCGGUUCUCCGCAAGCGGGCGAAUCGGGUGGAGCAUGUCACUUCAUCCUCACCAACGACGAUUCGACAUUCCCAGCCAAAGGAGGUCCAUGGCCAGGAGCAGGAUCGCUCUCUGCGCCUCUCGUCUUCAGCUCCAAACGAACGCCAACAAUCAUUGGGAAACCUCAUCAGCACAUGUUGGAUUGCAUAGAAGCCGUCAAACCCUUUGACAAAUCCAGAGCGCUGUUCGUGGGCGAUAGGCUGGACACGGAUAUCGCCUUCGCCAACAAAGGUGGAAUCAAGAGCUUGUUGGUUCUCACCGGAAUCAGCACAAAAGCAGAGAUAGAUGCGGAUGGUGCAGAGGUCGUGCCGGACUAUCUCACCCAGAGCUUGGGCGAUCUUUUGGCUGCCUUCCAAUAA